GACGAGCUGCUCCAAGCAGCAGAGCUCCGCGCUCAACAGGACCCUCCGCCAAUGAACAUCAAGCAGCUCGCACAUAUACAUGAUCUGAAACAACAAUUCCGACGGCUCAUCGAUCCGGGCAUUAUGCGUCCCAAUAACAAGGAGACUGCGCUCAUGGCUUUGAAAACUUUGGAGACGCUCUCGGAUAACCUCCUCCGAGAACAUGACAACGAGAAGUUUAGGAGCUUCAAACCGACGAAUAACGCUAUUAAAAAGCGGCUAGUAGACGUAAAAGGGGCUUUGGAAUAUGCUGUUGCACAAUUCCAACCUAUAUACAUAUUCAACGAUCGCCACCUCGAGGAAUUACAAAUUGGGAAUGAAAUCCUAAAAGAAACCCUCAUUCGCGAAGCUGAGAAACAAGAGAAGGCUUCACAGGUCAAAUUAACGGAGAAGGAGUUACGGGAAAUCGCUCGUCGUAAAGUUCAGCUGAAUUUCCAUGAAGACCGAUUGGAGAAACAGUUAAAGGAUAAACGCGAGGCUGAUUCUCGAGCUGCGCGGGAAGCUGCAGGGGCCGCGCCGGCGAGUCCUACGAGUCCUACUACUUCG